AUGACUCCUGCCGCAAGAAGUGUUUCACGUGUUUCAGAAAAACUCAUCCAGAAGCUCACCAGCAAGGCCAAAGGUCUUUUCACUCGACGUGCUAGACACCCCAACACCUCCCAACUCGUUUCUCCCAUGACAGAUGUAAGACAGGACUCUGUACAGCUCAUGGUACCAGAAGAGGUAGCCGACGAGCUUCCGAACAUGAGCUCUGACCAUCCUAGUGUAUCGCUCAAUGACCCCUCCUACGAUGGCAGUCGUAACAACCCCACCUCAGAUCAGCAUGCUCAACGACAGUCCGACAAGCUUCCCACAACAGACCAAUCGACGCACGAAGGUCAGAUAGCCCAUGGUGCCAAAUCGAAUGACUCCGCAACCAGUGUGACCGACAAACCUGGUUUGGACGAGGCAAAUGAAGCUUGCCAGAGGUAUGGAAUUUUAUUAGGCAGCGAUCGCGUCGAUUACCUUGCAGUGCAGAUCCAUCCAUACGUCAAGGCAGCAUGGGGUGUCCUGUCGGUUGUGUCCAAGACAAUAACGUCCCAAGCAACUCGCGAUGACUCAAUCAGCCAGUUAUCGUUUUCCGGCUUCGCCAGCUUGUCCAGUCUAGGACCCCAUGGAUUCCGGAGACAAACGACUCCAAAAGUUAAAACACUAUGUACGGAUGGGAUGAACAGGGUGGGCUGUAAAUAUGAAGAUUGCGAACGGCGUGUUUGUCAUGCCGAAUUGCACAGGGCAAGAGCCGCAGGGGCAAAGGGUAAGGCCCAAGACAACGAGACACGGGAAGACCCGAAAGGAGAAACAGGACGCAGACGGCGAGAAUUCAGCCCAGCAAAUAAGGGCCCCCUCGCGAGCACGCGGGGACACCAUGGAAUCCGGAGACAAACGACUACAAAACACUAUGUAAUAAUAAUACCUUCUUCCAGCAGACCUGCCAGCAGUUGCAAGGUCAUCAGCCUACUAAUGGUAUAG